UAAAAAUGUAAAAGAUAUCGAUGCAAGAUCGUCCGACCGCCGCAUUCUACGGCAUGUCAUCGCUAUUGUUUUAUAACUUGUUGACGUACAGAUGUAUUACAGUCACCGGUAUUUAAAACGAAAAACACCAGAGGGAGGCAUAAACAGGCGAGAAUAUAUUGGUCACCUCGUGGAUGAGUACUAUACCUCAACAAACGUUGAGGCCCAGGAGCAAGUAACCGCCAAUUUGGCCAACUUUGCGUACGAUCCUCUUAACUGGCCUCACCUACUCGGGGUGGAUGCACUUGACGUAUUUUUGGCUGCCUUGGAAACACAUAAUCCAAAUCUACAACUGCACUCGGUUGCCGCAUUUUGCAACAUAUGCUUAGACAAAAACGCGGUGAAAUUUAUAAUUGAAAAUAUAGUAACCAUUAAAACCACUUUUUUGAGCACUGAGCACGCAGAAGUUGUACUACACAGUCUGGCACUCUUUUAUCAAUUGCUGAAGGCGGAACUGAGCUGCAAGGAAGCAAUCAUAACUCCAGAACUGUUAAAGCGCGUGCAACAUUGGCGAAAAGAUUCUAACGACGAGCGAGUAGUAAAACUAUGUCAAGUGUUUCUUGAAGACUUUGGCUGCCGAACGGAAGUCUUCAAUCUAAGCCAUGUGGUGCCACCUGAAACGGCAGCUCUGCAUACAGGCUCAAGCUCAACUAAAACAGGCGACUACAAUUACAUACAUAGCAAAGAACUGCCUGUGAAGGAGCGUCGGGUACAUGGAGCAUUGCUUAAUGCCGUUGUGGCUGGUAUCAUUGGCACUAAGCUGCCUGGACCGGGCACAGUUGUCUUGGAACAGAAUUUUAAGUUUCUCAAACCUUGUCGACUUGAAACAGACACAGUGGUAACUGUGCGGUUACUGGAGCAGCGUAAGAUAUCUACAGUGGAAUAUGAUUGUCGACAACGUGGAGAUGUGGUUUUUGCCGGUAAAGCGAAAUUGCUGACACGCAGCGAUGCAACUUAAUAUA